CGGGGACCCCCCUCCCCGCCCCAAGUCCAGCGUCCCGGGCUCCUUCCUCACCCCGCAGGCGCCCAGUACCCGUCACCCCGCGCAUCUCCGAACGCCCAGAAAGUUCACCUGCCGCCCACUGACCCGGUCACACGUCCCGAACUCGGUGCCUACGGGUUAGUCCAGAGCCCAUCACGCUCCCUCCGUCCUUACAGACUCAGGGGCUCCAGAGGCCGCAGUCCAGGCGGGGAGGGGGCUCUACGUGGACGCACUGCCCCCUGGCACUCCCCCACCCGUCACACGCUGCCUCCUAGGUGUCCCCGUGGUGUCCCUGUCACUGACACUGGCUCAGAAGAGGCCCUGGGCCAUCGCGUGGCCAUCUAGCUGUGUGUGUGUGCGGAGGGUGGGGUGGUGGGCUUUCAGCGACAAUCACCGACCAACCUGCUGAGACCUCAGCGGGGACACGUGGCCUCCAAAGGUUACUCAGGACCGUCUCUGGCUGGAGUCCUCCAAGGAGCUCAUGAAGGACUUCUUGGAGAAGAGAGCUAAAGGACAGCUUCUCAUACAGAGAAACAGAAGACUCAAAGAGAAUCUCUUGAGACCGAUGCAGCUUUGCGUGUCGGAGGAUGGGUACGUUCGCUGUGGCGACAAGGUGAUGCUCGUGAACCCCGCCCACGCGGAGGUGGAGGCCCACCUGUUUCUGGGCGGGGACCUGAGCCUGUGCGCGACUCCCUAUGAAAUUAAAGCGCAUCUGAGCGACGAGUUAGAGGUGCCGUGUGGCCUGAGCGCAGCUCAAACCAGGAUCCCCGUUGGCAGAAACACUUUCACCAUUUUGAGGGCAGACGGAAACGCCACGGGUCAAGUCCUCAGAUACGGACAGGACUUCUGCCUCGCGACCACGGGAGGGUUUGAAGACAAAAUGCUGUAUUUAUCCAGUGACCACAGGACCCUCCAGAAGCCGUCCAAGAGAUCUCUGCUCCAGGAGGCGUACCUGGCGGACGAGGUCUCCUACCUGAGCUGCUGGCAGGCCGCCUUCCUGGACCCCCAGCUGCGCCUGGAAUACGAAGGCGCCCCCGUUCCGGCAAAUGCAAAGAUCCUCAUCUAUCACUGCCGCACGAAUCGGGGGCUAGCCGUCCACAGGCAUCUUUUCUUGAGUACCUAUUUCGGGAAGGAAGCUGAGGUGGCCGUCCACACACAUCUGGAUUCACACAGAGUCGAAAAGCCGAGCAACCAUUGGAUGUUGGUGACCGGGAAUCCCAGGAAAGACUCGUCCAGCAUGUUGGACCUGCCCAAGCCACCGGCUGAGGCCCCCCCAGCCCUGGAGCAGGCCACGGACCCCGGGGCGCAGUGACUCCAGGUACGCUCUGGAAAAACGUAGCUUUGCUAGAAAUCGAUGAUCUUGGCCGUGCCCCAAGCCAUUUUUCAGUAAGGCGUAGAAGUCCCUGAACACUCUAUUAAAACAAAGGCUAUGUGAAGAUUCUUGAAUUAGUGGUGGGGGUCUGGGCCACAGAAAGAAACUGGCUCUGGGGAGAUGGCUCCUAGGUGGCAUUGAAGGUGACGGAUGAUAGUCUUUGUUGAUCACUAGUUCCUGAAGAACUGUAGAUCCCAUGUAGCGGCAGCUUCUAUGAGGACACUGUGUUUCCUUUGAAAGCUAUGUGUGUGCGAUAAAGCUAUCAGAACUACACGGGAUCUUUGUCAACCGCCCCCCCCCCCCCCAACACCGGCCCCACCAAACAACGUACUAAGAAAUCAACAGUGUGGAGCUGUGAGCCAUGGCCUUACCUUGGAAAUGAAUGCUUUCCCCUUGUAUUUUCAUUUCUACCUCUGACUCGGGGGCGGGGGGCGGGGGGUGGGGGGUGGGGUGGUCAGGACCUCUACCUGCCUGGUCACGCUGUGGUGUCAUGAUUUUCAAACCGCAGAACCCCUUUACUCUUUGAAACGGGCACUUUAGUCAUGGCGCCCGUGCGAUCAGCAAGUUCCUAAUGAAAUAAACGUGUUGCCUUCCGCGUG